UGCCCUCUGCGACCAAAAGAAAAAAAGCUAGUGAGCGCUCCGACGACUCCUUCCGCCGUCAUCCACCAUCCCAGGUUCAGUCAGCAAUACGACCCUGCACUUAAACAUGAGCUUCACGGUAGAAGAGAGGGGGAACCCGAACUCCCUGAGCUACCGCCUGUUCUUCAAAAAUGCAGAAGGAAAGUACAUCUCGCCGUUUCACGACGUACCAAUUUAUGCAGAUGAGAGUCAGAACAUCUUUCACAUGGUUGUUGAAGUACCAAGAUGGACAAAUGCAAAGAUGGAGAUUGCUACAAAAGACCUCCUGAACCCAAUAAAGCAGGAUGUGAAGAAGGGCAAGCUGCGUUAUGUUGCCAAUGUUUUCCCGCAUAAGGGCUACAUAUGGAACUACGGGGCCAUUCCUCAGACAUGGGAAGAUCCAGCACAUAAAGAUAAGGACACUGACUGCUGCGGUGACAACGACCCAAUUGAUGUCUGCGAAAUCGGCUCUAAGGUGUGCUCCCGUGGGGAGAUAAUCAAAGUGAAGGUACUCGGUGUCCUGGCCAUGAUUGAUGAGGGUGAGACUGAUUGGAAAGUGAUUGCAAUAAAUGUGGAAGACCCUGAAGCCAAGGACUUGAACAACAUCGGUGAUGUCCAGCGUCUGAAACCUGGCUAUCUGGAGGCCACGGUCGAUUGGUUCAAGAGGUACAAAGUGCCAGACGGGAAACCAGAGAACCGUUUUGCUUUCAAUGAAGAGUUCAAAGACAAGGACUUUGCCAUUGAAGUUAUCAAGAGCACUCACAACUUCUGGAAAGCCCUCAUUUCCCAAAAAGCUAAUGCCGGUGAACUGAACUGCAAAAACACAUGUGUGUCGGCCUCUGAGAGCCCUUACUGCUGCUCAGCAGAUGAGGCCAAAGCCGCUGUUGGUGACACGUGUCCCUGUGGAAAAGAAGAGCCCAUUCCAUCAUCAGUUGAUAAAUGGUUCUACUAUGAGAGGAAGUAAUCCCUGAGCUGUCUGGAUUGGAGCAGAAGAGAAGGGCCAUCUCUCACAGGAAUACUUGAAGAUGAACUUGGAUUAGGAACCAAUGGGCCAACUGGAUGAUGUCUGUGGAUCUGUGUCUCCCUGGUAUAGGGGUUAGAUACUGUAGUGAAAGAGAAGUAAAAAUGUACUCAUGUCUUGACCAAUAAAGUUUCCACUUAUUUAACAAAGAUCUCUUUGGAGAUGUGCUGUCAUACACUAAGUGCAGGUACUGUGCAGAGCAGAUGUUGAUGUCCUGUAUGAGACUGACCUGCUUUAAUAAAGCUUCUCUGUUAAAUUAUAA